UGGGUAGAAGCAAUUGGCGCUAGUGUACGGGGAGGUCAAAACUUUUAUCGACUUUGAUGUUGCGAAAAACGCCGGAAUGGCCGCUAUCAUGAUUCUCUCUUAGUCUGGUACUCCAGGUCUCCAGCUUGGUUCCAGUCGACCAGUCGUGGCAGUCGUGGAGACUCGUGGUGACGCGUGGAUCGUGAAUCGCCAUUGCUAUUUAUUUUUUUGGUUAAUCGCGGUAUUUUAGAUAUUGGAUCAAGCGAUUUUUAUCACUUGGCUAAUAAUAAACAUAUUGCAAGAAAAAUGACGGAACCUAUAAAUGUGGUGGUUACUGGUGCUGCUGGACAGAUUGCCUAUUCUCUAUUAUAUCAGAUUGCGGCUGGUACAGUCUUUGGUCCACAACAAUCCAUUAAUCUCCGAUUAUUAGAUAUUCCACCUAUGAUGAAAGUAUUGGAUGGUGUAGUUAUGGAACUGGAAGAUUUAGCACUUCCUCUCUUACGAGAAGUUUUACCAACGGCUGAGCCAGUCAAGGCCUUUGAUAACGUAGCAGCUGCUUUUCUGGUUGGUGCAAUGCCAAGAAAAGAAGGGAUGGAACGUAAAGAUCUUUUGGCCGCAAAUGUAGAAAUUUUUAAGGUGCAAGGCGAAGCAUUGGAUAAAUAUGCUCGUAAGGAUGUCAAGGUGUUGGUUGUAGGUAAUCCUGCCAACACUAAUGCGCUUAUCUGUUCACAUUACGCGCCGUCCAUUCCAAAAGAAAAUUUUACGGCGAUGACUAGAUUGGAUCAAAAUAGAGCACAGGCAGCAUUAGCCACACGAUUAAAUGUACAGGUUGAUAAAGUGAAGAACGUCAUCAUCUGGGGUAAUCAUAGUUCUACACAAUAUCCUGAUGCAGCACAUGCAACUGUAGCACUUUUAUCUGGUGUAAAAACAGUAUCAUCUGAGAUAAAUGAUGACGAAUGGUUGAACAAUACUUUCGUAGAAACGAUUCAAAAACGCGGCGCCGCCGUAAUAGCUGCUAGAAAAAUGUCUUCUGCCAUGUCCGCUGCUAAAGCCGCUGGAGAUCAUAUGCGAGACUGGUGGUUUGGUACUAAAUCUGGAGAAUGGGUUAGCAUGGGUGUCGUAUCUGAUGGGAGUUAUGGAAUCCCGAAAGAUAUCGUAUUUUCCUUUCCUGUCACUAUCAAGGACAAGCGGUAUGAGAUAGUGCAAAAUCUCCCAGUUAGCAACUUUGCAAAGUCAAAACUGGAUAUUACAUCUAAGGAAUUAGAAGACGAACGUGCUGAGGCAAACAGUGUACUAAAAAAGUGACUAGUAACAUCGAUGCCAAACAAUGAGAUACAAAAGAAAUUUAUGUUAGCAAAACUAUAAAAUAUAUAAUUGUCUUGCAUAAUACGCUUACAUAUAUGUAUGUAUGUACAUACGUACACAUAUAUGUAAUAGAGGAACACACACACGCGCGCGCGCAGCACUUCUCAGUAAAAUUCAAGCAUUACUAUUCUGUCCUUCAAAAAAUAGGCAAAUUUUAAGAGAAUGUAACUUUAUAAAAAAUGAUGUUUAAUUACGAUGUUUAAAAAAGCAUAUUUUACAGCUUCAAGUGUCUACUUUUCAAAUAGACCCUUUAGAGAACGAUAUUAUUUUUAGUAAAUUUUUACCUUUAAUUUGCUAUUUUGUUAAGCGUUGUGCAAUUUUUUCACUGAGUUAUUCAAUAUUGUGGAAAAAAGGAUCCUUUUUGUUUCCAUCAAAGGAUUAUCUAUUUUGUCAUUCCAAAAUGGGCAAGGAUCAAAUAACUUCAUAAAAAAAUUAUCAUAUCGAGAUAUUUAUAAAAAAGCAUUUUAUAAUUUGAAGUCUCUACUUUUCAAGUAGAUCUUUUCUAACGAUCUUACUGAUUUUUUUUAUGAAUUACAUAGAAACAAAUAGAGAUGCGUCAAAUUUCUCUUAAAAUUUGCCUUUUGAAGGACAUAAUAGGUAAUUCUUUAACUUUGCAAAAAAGCGCGCGCGCGCGCGCGCGCUCACACAGA